AUGAGGUCAAGCCAACGAAUUGCCGCUCUUUUGUGCAUUUUAUUUACUUUGAACGUAAUACCCAUUGACUCAGUUGUGUUUAAACUGACGAAUGUCCUUUGCGGGAGUUACAAUGAAACGUGGGUUAGGAUCAAUCAUUGCCGCUUGAAGGCCAUCAAUCGUCAAAGGACUGUGUUCAAUUUCAAUGCAACAUUUUUAUAUCCAACCAGAGAUAUUUGGGUCCACUAUCAACUGUUCAAAAGGGAAAGUGGCUACAAGCCUUGGCUAAUAAAUGCUAAAAUCGAUGGAUGUCGAUUUUUGCGCAAGCCUUACGAUUCCAUCGGAAUAUUAAUGUUCAAUAUAUACAAGGAUUUUUCCAACUUUAAUCAUACCUGCCCAUAUUAUGGUGACGUUGUUCUAAAGAAUAUGUAUUUAUCCACGGAUAAAAUGCGACUUCCUAUGCCCACUGGCGAUUAUUUAUUGGCGAUUAAUUGGAUAUUUUACCACAAGCCACAGUUUUCCACCAAUGUUAGCUUUCAGUUUGUAGAGGAUCUAAUGUGA